CACCUCCUCCACUCGCGAUAGCUGCUCGCCUCAGAAGCCUCCAUAUUGUGAGACGGUAUUUUGUUUCUCCUGGAGGAGAAAAGAGGAGAAAAGAAGAAAAAAGCAGCGGAGUCGAGACGAUAGCGAGGCGCUGUCACAAGUAUCUCCGAGCCUCUCCACCGGCGGGGGGUCGUGGGGCUGUAUCCCCCCCAGUAGAGGACCGAGGAGGCCCAGGCCUCGGUGCGGCCAGAGCUCCGGGUCCGCGGCAGGGCUUCCCCCGCUCGGCUUCUCUUCCUGCUGGAGACCCGCUGGCCCGGGGAGCGGCGGCGGUAGGAGACGAUGAUGAUGCUGGAGGAGUGCUGUGUCCAGCGGUGACCCCUAGCUGACCCCACCGGCCCCGCCCCUGGAGCGAGCGGUCCUGCCCUGCCUCUAGACGAAUGGCCCAGGGAAGCCAGCAGAUAGACACUCAGGUUUUACACGAGCUGCGGCAGAAGUACCCGGAGGUCCCCGAGGGCGUGGUGUCCCAGUGCGCCCUGCAGCCGCUCUCUGUGUCCGUCCAGAACAACAACAACGUGGACGCCUGCUGCGCCUACCUGUCCCAGGUGAGCCCCGCCUACCUGUACAGCGAGGAGACCGAGAGCCUAUCGGACGCCAGCAUCUCCGGGCUCCGGAAGCACAUGACCAAGCUGAGCCUGGGUCUGACCACCCCGGCUCCCAGCGCCGCCCCCCCGGGGCCCAGGAUGAACGGCAGCCGGACGCUGACCCACAGCCUGGGGGACGGGCCCCUGCAGACCCCCGCCGCCCCCGCCCCCGACUUCUACCAGCAGGGGGCGCAGGGGCCCCCCCGCCCGGCGGCGUGCGGCUCGAUGGACGCCCCCCAGCGCAAGCCCCAGCCCCCGCAGCACCUGGGGCUGUACCCGGCCAAGGGGCCCCAGGGCGGCCCGCCCCCCCGCUUCAACCCCAUCACCGUCACCCUGGCCCCCAAGACGGGCCGCAACACCCCCACCUCGCUGCACAUCCACGGGGGGCCGCAGGCGGGCAUGGGCAGCCCCCAGGGCAACGCCAUCUACAUCCGGCCCUACGUCAGCCAGACGGGGGUCCACCGGGGCCCCCAGCCCGGCCCCGCCCGCGCCCAGUACAGCCCCACCUCCCAGCCCCCCCAGAUGUACCAGAUCAACCCCCACCCGCCCUGCCCGGCGGGGGCGUGGCCCGGCCUCCCCCACGCCUCCUCCUCGCAUACCUCGCAGCACCAGGGCCCCCACCAGGGCCCCCACCAGGGCCCCCACCAGACCUCCCACGUCUACAUGCCCAUCAGCUCCCCCACCACCCCCCAGGCGCCCUCCUCCCUCCUGCAGGCCCCCGCCGGCCCCCAGCCGCCCCCCUCCUUCAGCCAGUACAACAUCCAGAACAUCUCGACCGGCCCCCGCAAGAACCAGAUCGAGAUCAAGCUGGAGUCGCCCCAGCGGAGCUCCAGCAGCGCCCUGCUGCGGGCCUCCGGCGGCCCGCGCCCCAGCGCCUCCUCCAACUCCUGCCCGGCCUCGUCCUCGUCCUCGGGCCCCUCCCACAGCGCGCCGCUGGCCGUCGGGGGGCUGAGCCGCAGCCAGCCCACCGUCUACAUCUCGGCCAGCCCCCCCGCCGCGCACCACCCGCCCUCCGCCCUCGGCGAGGACGGCCCCCCGAUGGCCGCGGCCGUGCCCCCCCCCCGCGGCGCCCCCAAGUUCUACAUCUCGGCCGGCGCGGAGGACGGCGGCGGCGGCCGCAACCCGCCCACGGUCUACAUCUCGGCCAACGCCCCCAUGCAGGGCUCGGGGUCGGGGGCGCGGGCCAUGGGGGGCGGGCUCAGCAUGGGCCCCGCCUACAUCCACCACCACCCGCCCAAGUCCCGCGUCGGGCACGCGGGGGGGGCGGCGGGCGGCGGGCUGGGGGCCUCGUCCCCCCGGGUGGUGGUCACCCAGCCCAACACCAAGUACACUUUCAAGAUCACGGUGUCGCCCAACAAGCCCCCCGCGGUCUCCCCCGGCGUGGUGUCCCCCACCUUCGAGACGGCCAACCUGCUGCCACUCCCGGACCACCACUUCAGCGAGGCGGAGCCCCCGCCGCAGCCAGACCCCCAGGGCCGGGACCCCCAGGGCCGGGACCGGCCCAGCGAGCACCGCCGGCUCAGCGCCGGCUCGGACGACGCGGCCUACACACAAGCCCUGCUGGUGCACCAGAAGGCCCGUAUGGAGCGUCUGUGGAGGGAGCUGGAGGUGAAGAGGCAGCGGCUGGAGAAGCUGAAGGAGGAGGUGAACGACAUGGAGAACGACCUCACCAGGAGGCGGAACGAGAGGUCCAACUCCGCCUCGCAAACACCCUCCAACGAGGAGAUGAAACAGUUGAGGUGUAAAAACCGGAUCCUGCAGAUUGACAUCGACUGCCUCACCAAAGAGAUCGAUCUCCUGCAAACACGAGGACCACACUUUAACCCCAGUGCCAUCGACAACUUCUAUGACAACAUCGGGUUCCUGGGUCUCGUCCCGCCCAAACCCAAAGGUCCCGCGGCGGUCGAGGGAGGCGUCCGUGGUCCAAAGUCGUCCUCAGAGCAUCAGCAGCAGGAGCAGCAACAGCAGCAGCAUCAGCACCAGCAGGAGCAGCAGGAGGAGGAGGAGGAGGAGGAGGAGGAGGGCAGCCACUGGAGCUGCACGGAGUGCACCUUCUUCAACCACCCUUUGCUGAACCGCUGUGAGGAGUGUGACUUCCGCAGACACUUCUAGCCCCGCCCCCCGCCCAAUCAGAGAGCCAGUAGACCACCCACAGGAGUGUGUGUGUGUGUGUGUGUCUGUGUGUGUGUGUGUGUGUGUCUGUCUGUCGUGUGUGUGUGUGUGUGUUUGUGUGUGUGUGUCAGUCGUACCUCGCCCCCCCCCCCCUCCUGUUCGCUGGGACACAGGUGCACCAUGGGAUACUCCUACUGCUCCCCUUCAGUAUUAUGAACUUCACACGGCACCCCGCUGUGUACCCUCUUGGGUCCGGUCUACUCUAGACCUGAUCCCGGUCCGGUCUAGGUGGGGUCUAGACCCGGUCCCGGUCCGGUCCCGGUCCGGUCUGCUCCGUCCGGUCCUCUGGGGGGGGCGCCGGCUCGGCCUACCCCUCGCCGGGCCGCCGCCUUCGCCGCUCACUUCCUGGUUACAGGGUUCUACAUGGUAACGCUCACUUCCUGGUUACGCUCACUUCCUGGUUACGGUGGUGUCCAUGGUUACGGGGGUCUCCAUGGUUACUGCAUGCUUUGUGUACAGUACUGUCCGGAGAGGAGAGGCCCCUCCACCUCCUUCCUGUAAGUAUAGCGUUAUAGACUUCCUCUUCCUGUCUCUUACUCUGACCGCCUCUCUAACGGACGGAACCCUCGUCGUCACGAAGCCACGCCCCCCUGGGCCCGCCCCCGGGUCCAGGGGUGUGGCCUCGGUCUUGUUUACCGAACAUCAAGCCAGCCCCCCCUCGCUCACCUCAGUUGACCUCAGUUGACCUCGGUGCGUUGUUGUGACAACUGGAAUAAAGGUUUGAAUCAAUAAAGGUUUGAGUCGCGACGGGACGACAUCGCCACACGGAAUCACUCUGACUUUGGGGGGGAGACGCCCGAUUGGCUGACCCCAUCGGGCGCCAUCGGCCUCCUCCGGACUUUACAAAACCGCCUUAGACCGUCUGAAUCGGUUUUUCAAAAUAAAAGCGUGGACGUUCGAAUAUUUGAAGUGUUCCUGCGGUCCGGGCGUCGACGUCACCUGACGCUACGGACGCGCCGGGGCCGCCAUCUUUAUCAGGUCGCUUCCUCCUUCCUGUCUGCUUUCUUGGUGACGAUUUCAAACGUUUUCUUAUUGCCAAUCAGUUCCAGAAACUGUGUCAUGAUUAUUUUUGUGAAGUUUUCCCACAUUUUGUGAAAAAAAAAAAAGCCGUGCAUUAGUGCCUGGGUCUUCGCUCUCACCAAUCAGUGCCUUAAAACAAAACCAACUGAAAUCGUACAAAGUGGGACUCCUGUUUCUAAGCAGGAGUUUCUUUUAUUACGUGGAAAAACAAAUUAUUUGGAUAUCUAAAGUGUUUUUUUUUGAUUUUAGCUGGGAAAACUGUCUUUGUAACAGAUAAGUUAUUUGUAAAAAUAAUUAAAAAAAUCUAUUCUGGAAAAGUCUUCAA